CCGCCGUGGACGGUGAGGGCGCUCCUUCAGUCCAGCUUCUCUCCUUCUCUCUCUGUUUCUGUCUCUCUCCUCCUGUCUGCUGGUCUGACCCCCCGCUAACACCCUCCAGCACCAACAACCAUCCACCAUCCACUUCCUCUCUGAGUGAUUUCAUGGCUGACCGGGAGAAGAGGGAACCAGCAGCAGCAGCAGCAGCACGCCUCCAGUCCAGAGUUUAUCUACAGUGUAAACUAAGUUGUCAAUCUGACUGACACAACGGACACAUUUCUCCAGGUGAAACUAAGUGGACAACAGUAAAAGGGGCUCCAUAGCACUUGGAUCUGUUCUUCUGUCCCAGGUUCAGACUGUGUGGUCUAUGGCUCUGAUGGACAAACACAAACAAGUCAAGCGGCAGAGACUUGACCGCAUUUGUGAGGGUAUCCGACCCCCCAUCCUGAACGGGCCAAUGCACCCGCGGCCCCUGGUUGCCCUGCUGGACGGGCGCGACUGCACUGUGGAAAUGCCCAUCCUCAAAGAUGUGGCCACAGUGGCGUUCUGCGAUGCCCAGUCCACGCAAGAGAUUCAUGAGAAGGUGCUAAAUGAGGCCGUUGCUGCCCUGCUCUACCACACCAUCACUCUGUCCAGAGAUGACUUGGAAAAGUUUAAAGGCCUACGCGUAAUUGUCAGGAUCGGCUCCGGCUUCGACAACGUUGACAUCAAAGCAGCUGCCGAGCUAGGCAUUGCGGUCUGUAACGUGCCAGCAUCGUCUGUGGAGGAGACGGCCGACACUUCGCUAUGUCUGAUCCUCAACCUGUACAGGCGAGUCACCUGGAUGCACCAGGCCCUCAGGGAGGGAACCCGGGCCUCAAGUGUGGAGCAGAUCAGGGAGGUAGCUGGCGGUGCCGCUCGUAUCCGGGGUGAGACUUUGGGCAUCAUCGGUCUAGGGCGCGUUGGCCAAGCGGUGGCUCUGCGGGCUAAGGCCUUUGGUUUUGGCGUGAUCUUUUAUGACCCCUAUCUGCCUGAUGGUGUGGAGCGCUCUCUGGGCCUGCAACGCAUGGCCACUCUGCAGGACCUGCUCAUCCACUCUGACUGCGUAUCCCUGCACUGCAGCCUCAACGAGCACAACCACCACCUCAUUAAUGACUUCACCAUCAAACAGAUGCGUCAGGGAGCCUUCCUGGUGAACACGUCAAGAGGCGGUCUGGUUGACGAGAAAGCGUUGGCUCAGGCCCUGAAAGAGGGCCGGAUACGAGGGGCUGCCCUGGACGUUCAUGAGACAGAACCCUUCAGUUUUUCAACAGGCCCUCUGAAGGACGCCCCCAACCUGAUCUGUACCCCGCACACAUCCUGGUACAGUGAGCAGGCCUCCGUGGAGGCUCGCGAGGAGGCAGCCAGGGAGGUUCGCCGCGCCAUCACUGGGCGUAUCCCUGACAGUCUGAAGAACUGCGUUAAUAAGGAGUAUCUGAUGGCAGCCUCUCCGUGGCCCAGCAUGGAGGCAGCCACUGUUCACCCAGAACUUAAUGGAGCCACUUACAGAUUUCCUCCAGGUCUGAUCAAUGUUGCAGCAGCAGGGGGUCUCCCCGGAGCUGUCGGCGGGGUUGAAAGCCUUGUUACAGGAACCUUGGCGCACGGCAUCACCCCCGUCUCCCACCCCCCUCACGCCCCUUCCCCUAAUAAGGCCGAAGCCGACAGAGACAUCCCCUCCGACCAAUAGCCCCCCCUGCCGCCGCCAGCACAUUCCGUCGCCUCUGGAAACCACCCAACCCACCAACCAACCCACCACCACUCCCACCUCCCGGCAUCAGACACAGCCCGACCCUCCAGUACAUCGGCAGCGCCAGUUUGACCUGAUGUGGAUCUACACAGUCUUGUUCCUCAGAUCACAUAACCAGCCCAGGAGUGACCUAUCCACAGCUAGCCCCUCUCCCAUCCAGUACCCCUAAGAACUCACACACAUCCCUCCAUCCUCGCCCUCAUCUCACCCACUCACCUGCCUAUCUCCCCCCUCCUCCCUCCUUCACUCCCCCACAACGUCAGCAAUAACUGUGUUCUCAAGGAUUCAAUGAUUGGAUUGGUUUAUAUCCUUAGUUGGCUGUUGUUUUAAUGGAAAGUUGACCUGUUGUGGUUCUAGGUGUUAAUGUUUGUUUGUUUGUUUGUUUGUUUGUUUGUAAAAAAAAAAAAUAUAUAGCAUUUCUGACAUGAGGCUUUACAGUCCUGCAGUCCUCUGACCAGUCGAGGCAACAGAAGCAGAAAGGUCGAAGCCCCCCUUUGUACAUUAAUGGCUCAUGUUACUGCUCUCUUCUUCUUUUUCUUUAUUUUCUCCCCCCCUCCUCCGCGUUUCUCGUGAUGGGGGGAAAAAUGUGUACUAAAGUAAACCAGACAGAAACAGUACAUCCUGUCCUCCCCACCAGGCGUCUAGCUAACCCUCAGCCCAGUUUGGCCCCCUUUAGCUCUCCCUGGCACUGUCGUCCGCUUGCUCAGCAGAGGGAUGAUCCAUAAUGAUGUCAGCGUGGAGCGCUCUCAGACUGUCAAACUAUAUCAGCUCAUACUUCAGAUGGUGAUACCUGACAUCCUUUUGUCACAGUCAACCCUGUAUUUUACACAUGCUUCGCCCCCCCUCCCCCCUCGUCGGAUUGUUUUUGUCAUGAGAUAAAUAGCGUCAUAUCAGAGAGCACGAGUUUCAUCUGUGUCGAGGUCUUCUUUACACAUGGAUGGUGCCCACAAACGCAGCAGCCUUUUCUGGCUGGUAAAAACAGCAGAGGCCUCGCCAGCAGAGGGCACUGCUGAGCUGAGAGAGUCGCACGCAGCUAAUUUCAGUUACAGGUUAGCUGCUGUGACGGAGAGAACAUGAGAUCGCACACUGCCAACAUUCAGAACACAGGAUGGGUGACCAGGGAUCGACUACCGCCUUAUUGUUUUAAUAAGAUCUCACCGCCACCACCCUGCAUCCACCCACCCACCCACCCUCCUCCACCACUCCUCUCCCACUGUCAUGACCCAGCCCUACACAUCAUGCUCAUGAACCAGUAUGCAUCCACCAAUUCCUUUAAGCGUGAGGGGACAGUAGAGUUUAGUUUCCCUGUAGGAGCAAGGGGACAGUGUUCUUGCAUGCUGGCUUUGUUAAUGACAGUGGUAUGUGUGUGUGUGUGUGUGUGUGUGUACAUGUGUGUGUGUGUGUGUGAGUGUGUGUGUGGGUUUGUAUGUAUGUUCCCUCACCCUGUUAUGAUAACAAGCUAUUGUCUUUCCAAAGGAAUAGUCCCUAGGAGUAACUCUUUAACGCUGUUGCCCUGGUGUCAAGGGAACACCUUUCUAGUACCUCAGUAACAGAUAUUGAAUGUACCGUGCAUACCCUUUUAUUUUUUGUACAGAUUUUCUAGAUACUUCUUUACUAUUCUUUACCAGAAGGGUUGUGAAAAUUGUAGCAGUAAUGAUACAAUAAAUAAAAAAGCAUUGCCCCCCCACCCUCCUUUUCAAUGAAAUGAAUUGACAAAAAUCCUUUUAGGUUCGCUAAUACAGUAGUUCACUGAAUACUCUCAGGCUUCGAAAACCAAUAUACCGUAUCUCUUUUGCCUUUUUACCUUUUUAAUUUCCUCAUUUGUGGAAAAAUUCAGCACAACGCUUUCCCAUUCUUAGACUAGUCGAUGUGUUCGACCUCCAUCUUACUGGCUAUUGAAAAAGAAGGAAAAAAACAAAAGGCGGUCGUCGUGGUCUGCUAGUUUUUAUUUUACUAGAACAGUAGUAGUAGAUGCAGUUUUUGUUUUUUACCCCCCUGUCAUUGUCAGGCUGCUCUAUCUAUAGUGCAUGUGAGGUAAUUUUUUAGGGGAAAUACUUAUUGGCUGAAAGAAUUUGUGUCAUCUUGCUGUUUCCCCCUCUGCUCCCCGGCCUUUCCCCUCCUUCCCUUCAGAGUGUUUUCAACCCGAGUUGCCAUUUUUGUCGUGGUCAGUUUCCAGUGAUGUACAGUUUUCCCUCAGAGUCUAUGAGAGACACGGAGCAUGUCUGUGUCCUGAGAUGCUAGGCUCCUCUGUCAUGUGAUGAGUAUAUAUUUUUAAAAAUAACCCCCCCCCAUAGUUCGGAUUAUGAGCAUAAUAGUAAUCUUAAAUUUUUUGCUGUUGAUGAUGAUGAUUAUUAUAUAUAUAUUUUCAGUUCAGCAGUGCACUGUUAUGAAAACCAUUCUGUUUUAUUUGUAGGAUUUCAUUUUUAUGGAUUAUGCUGUCUGUGUUCUACAUGUUGUACUGAAACAUUUCGGAGAAAAAACAAGAGAUCCCUCUCCUGGUGAUUUUUUUUUUUUUUUUUUUUUUUUUAUAAUUUGUCUUAUCCCAACUGUCUUUUUCCAGCUGAUAUCCUCUGGGCCUUACUUAUUCUCUCCCUGUAAAAAAAAAAAAAAUAGCUGUUAUAGAAAGUCGCCAUGGAACCACUCACUGCCUUAAUACAGUUGACCACAGCAGGUGAAGUCAGGAGACACAUCCAGUCAAAAAAAAAAAAACGCUCCGCAAAAAAAAAGCUCCUCACACCCCACCAGGUCUAAAAUCUGCAGCUCGUUUCUUCUUUCGCUGAUGAUGAACCACAUUUAAGCCUUGUUUUUUGGGCUCAAACACACACACACACAUCCAGUGUGACUUCUUACUGCGUUAACAAGUAGUUUUCUUUUAUAACUUUUUGAAUAGUUCAAAGUCAGCCUGGCGGUGUGUAUUAAUGUGCGUAGGCCAACAGAUAAGCACAGUGUGUAUGCUCACAAAGCUGAUAUUUCACUCUUGGGUGUGAGAAUGCCCCCACUCUCCUCCUCCACCCACCACCACCACCACCACACUGGGGCUCUUUAAAGCAUCUUUCACAGUGCUGCCAGAGCCCCAGUGGGUGGAUGUGGAGAGGGAGGGCAUAGCGGACACUGGUGUGGUCUGUCAAACGAAAAAAAAAAAGAAAAAAAAAGCUGAAAAUUACGAUGAGAAUCGGUCACUUUUUCUCUCUCAGGGUUCAAAUGCACACAUAUCCUCCAGCAGUCGCCCUCCGUCUCGUGUCCCUUGUCCCCAGUUUUCCGCCUCCCCCCCUCCUCAGAAUGUAGUACAGCCUCCUGCGUUUUUAGAAACCUCCUUCGUUCCCCUCCUUUUGUGCACAGGUCUGAACUUUCUUUUUUUUGCUUUCUUUUUUGGCACUGACAUCUAACCAUCUAACAAGGAAUGAAUGAAUGAAUGUUUGAAAAGUGACUGUGUGUAAUGUUUAAAAUUGGGAAAUGUAUUUUUACAACAUGUGAACAUUUUUUUUUCCACUCACUCUCAUUGUGAAUUGAUUUUUUUUUUUUUUUUUUUUCUUUCACCAGACUGCAAAAACAAAAACAAAAAAAACUAAAACAAAAAAAAAAAACUCCUGUAACUAGGCUCUUAAGCUUUAUUUUUGUUUUGUUUACUUUUUUAUUAGAAACAAUCAUGUUUGUGAUGGUAACUUCCGAUGGUAAACUCCACACCGUAUUUUAAUAAAAUCUUGAAAAUUAAA